GCCCCGGGGGGGGCCCCGACCCGCCCCGGCCCCGCCGCCCCGGCCCGGCAGGAUGAUCAAGCUGUUCUCGCUGAAGCAGCAGAAGAAGGAGGAGGAAUCGGCGGGCGGCACCAAGAGCUCCAGCAAAAAGGCCUCGGCCGCGCAGCUCCGCAUCCAGAAAGACAUCAACGAGCUGAACCUGCCCAAGACGUGUGAGAUCGAUUUCUCAGACCAGGACGAUCUGCUGCACUUCCGCCUGCUCAUCUGCCCCGACGAGGGUUUCUACAAGGGCGGCAAAUUCGUCUUCAGCUUCAAGGUGGGGCAGGGGUACCCUCACGACCCGCCCAAGGUGAAGUGUGAGACGAUGGUGUACCACCCCAACAUCGACCUGGAGGGCAACGUGUGCCUCAACAUCCUCAGGGAGGACUGGAAGCCGGUGCUGACCAUCAACUCCAUCAUCUACGGCCUGCAGUACCUGUUCCUGGAGCCCAACCCCGAGGACCCCCUGAACAAGGAGGCUGCUGAGGUGCUGCAGAGCAACCGGCGCCUGUUUGAGCAGAACGUGCAGCGCUCGCUGCGGGGCGGCUACGUGGGAGCCACCUACUUCGAGCGCUGCCUCAAGUGACCCCAAAGCCGCCCUGAGGAGGGCAGGGACCCCCAGGAACCCAAUAAAACCUGCAGAGAAACCCCCCGAAAUAUCCCAAUAAAACCUGAGCAAAUCCCCUGAAAA